AUGUCAACAGUUGGAUAUGGUGAUAUCUCUUGCAAGACUUAUCUUGGCAGAUUUUUCGUGCUUCUGUUUCUCAUGAGUGGAUUGGCAGUAUUUGCUACAAUAAUUCCGGUACUUCCCGAUCUAUUCGGUUCAAAAGGUCCGUACGCCGGUCAAUACAAGACAGUGAAAGGCAAACGUCACGUUGUCAUCUGUGGUUAUAUCGCACCACAUUCGUUGGCACCAUUUCUUCGUGAUUUUCUCCAUAAAGGUCGCAAUCAAGCGGAUAAACUCGAUGUCGUCAUUAUUGACAGGCAUAGUUUUAGUAAAAUUUUGAUGAACACAAUGUUCUUAGUUUUUAUUGACAGAAAAACGCCAGAGAUCGAAAUGGAAGCUCUACUCAAACGAUACUACACAAAAGUACAUUAUUUUGUUGGUAGUAUCAUGAAUAUAGCUGACUUGCAACGUAUACAAGUCGAUAAAGCUACAGCCUGUUUGAUCAUUGCCGAUAAAGAAUAUUCAGAUCCAAAUAGUGACGAUUCGGCGAAUAUCAUGCGAGUGAUAAGCUGGAAUACGGACGAAGACGAAAUUAUCUGUAUUGCCGAGUUGAAACUUGGUCUUAUCGGCAUGUCAUGUGUCGCACCCGGAUUCUCCACAAUGAUGACAAAUAUCUUUCGGAUGUCGUCUUACAACGCUCUGGCGGCACAACGGAAAGUAUGUGAAAGUAAAUGUUUAAGAAAUGAUUUAUGGAUUCAUCAACAGUAG